AUUCUGCGCAUUACAUUGCGCGCAGCGGUUAAAACCUCAACUCGAUGGAGGACGCCUUGAUAAAUUCAGGCUAUGAAGCGGAGUAAUUCAGCACAGACCUCAUGAUGGUGUAUGAUUUUGACGUGAAGGAAUUCUGCCAAAACUUGAAGGCAACCAAACCGCCAUAUGAAUGUCCAGUGAGAUCAUGUGGAAAAGUCUACAAGAGCUACUGUGGGAUUCAAUUUCACCUGUAUAACUUUGACCAUGAUAAUCCUGAAAACAACUCUCCCUCUCCAGGGAAAAAACCUGGGAAGAAGAAGACGAAAUGGGGUCAUCAUAGAGCCAUGCGUCGAUCCCCAACGCCACCUGAGUUUGUAGCUCCUCCCCGAAGAGAGACUUUAACCUAUGCUGAAGCCCAGCGUCUUGUGGAGAUUGAUUUAGAGGGCAGACUGCACAGAAUAAAUAUAUAUGAACCUCUUGAAAUCAUUACCCAGGAUGAAAUUGACAACCACAAAAACACAGAAAAGGAAGAAAAGGCAGAGAAAACCCCCCUGAAGACUAAAAACUGUGAAAAUCAGAAAGCCCGUAAAGAACCAACGGCUGGAGCACAACCCAUAGUAAAGUUACCAGAAGCGCAGUUCAAGGUCAUAGAUGAUUAUAUUAAGCCAAGUAAAAUUUCACAAAGACAAAACUCAUACUAUCGUUACAUUGAAAAAUCAGUUGAAGAACUUGAUGAAGAAGUGGAGUAUGAUAUGGAUGAAGAGGACCAUGCUUGGUUGGAAAUCCUGAACAAGGGUCGAAAAGAAGAUGGCAUUGCUCAGGUCAAGCAAGAAGACUUUGAGUUACUAAUGGACAGAUUUGAGAAAGAGGCUUUCUUCCAAAGCCAAACCUCAGGCAAGGACCUUGGCCCUUCCAUUGAUGAGGAUGCUGUGUGCAAUAUUUGUCAGGACGGAGAGUGUCAGAACAGUAAUGUGAUUUUAUUCUGUGACAUGUGUAACUUGGCCGUGCAUCAGGAAUGCUAUGGUGUGCCCUACAUUCCGGAAGGACAGUGGUUGUGUCGGAGGUGUCUACAGUCACCCUCCCGAGCUGUGGACUGCUGUCUGUGUCCAAACAAAGGAGGGGCAUUCAAACAGACAGACGAUGGCCGCUGGGCACACGUCGUCUGUGCCUUGUGGAUUCCAGAAGUGGGGUUUGCAAAUACUGUGUUUUUAGAACCCAUUGACAGCUUUGACAAUAUUCCGCCCGCAAGAUGGAAAUUAUCAUGUUACAUUUGUAAGCAACGAGGGAAGGGGGCGUGCAUUCAGUGUCACAAAACUAACUGUUAUACAGCUUUUCAUGUUACAUGUGCACAGCAAGCAGGGCUGUAUAUGAAAAUAGAACCUAUUAAAGAAUCUAGUGCUAAUGGAUUGACUGUUAGUGUACGGAAGACUGUGUACUGUGAUGUUCACACACCGGCCGAUUCUGACUGUACGCCGUGUCUCACGGGGGCGGACAGCUCAGAGGAUGAUAACAAGUCAGCUUCCGCCAAAAAGGCAAAGGAAAAGUCCAAACUGAAAAUGAAGAAAGCUCGCAAAAUCUUAGCAGAGAAACGCAAUGCUCUUCCGGUUGUUUCAAUACCCAUUAUUCCCCAGUCUAGGUUGUCCAAAAUUGCCAACAUGAUCAGUCUACCUAAGAAGCAGCCAUUCUUGACCAAGUUAUUAAGUUACUGGACACUAAAGAGGCAGUCCAGGAAUGGGGUCCCUCUUUUGAGGAGACUCCAGUCAAAUCACAUGACCAGAAACAAACAUGAGAAUAUUAGGAAAGUUGUUGCGCAUUCAUUUCAGACCAAAAAUGAUAAGCAGAGCAAUGCUCUGAAGGAGCAGCUGAAGUACUGGCAGCGGCUGAGGCAGGACCUGGAGAAAGCAAGACUAUUGGUGGAACUCAUCAGGAAACGAGAGAAGCUCAAGAGGGAGCAGUUAAAAGUCCACCAGAUGGCAAUGGAGUUACAGCUUCAGCCAUUUGCUGUGCUGUUACGCUCCACAUUAGAGCAACUAGUGGAGAAAGACACGUCUAAUUUCUUCACAGAGCCUGUUUCAUUAGAUGAGGUUCCAGAUUACCUUGAAUACAUUGAUAAGCCUAUGGACUUUGAGACUAUGCGAAAAAACAUAGACAAUCACAAGUACCACACAAUGGAUGAGUUUGAGACAGACUUUGAAUUGAUCAUUAAGAACUGUAUGAAGUACAAUGCCAAAGACACUGUUUUCUAUCGUGCUGCCACAAGGCUCAGGGAUCAGGGUGGUGCCGUGAUACGAAAUGCCUGUCGUACUGCGGAGAGAGUGGGCUAUGACCCAGCAACAGGCCUACACAUGGAGCAGGUGCCAUCUGUUCCUGAACCAGUCGUCUUAGAGGACAUUGAUAGCUUCUUAGAAGAUACAAAGGAUGGAAUGCCACUCGAAGAACAACUAAGGAUAUUAUUAGACAAAAUGGAUGCCGCUAAUGCCUCCAGAAAACCUGGAAAAUCUAAGCUUGCCAGAAGGAUUAGAAAGGAGAUUGUGAAGGUGCGGCGAAAGUUAGCCAUUCAGAAAGGCCAGCAUGCCAGUGAUAUAGAAGACACAGCAGAUACAGCUUCUGAAGUUAAUGAAGACUCGGCACAUGAAGAUGGACCAGACAUCUCUACACCAAAGUCUAGCAAAUCAGAGAAGUCCACUUCCAAAGGAGCUAAAGAAACCCCCACCAGGGGGAGGGGCAGAGGAAGAGGUCGUGGCAGUGUAGGGCGACCAAGGAAAUCUCGCAAUGAUUCUGAAAGCGAGUCUCCACUUGUAGGAGCAAGGCUUAUAGAGAAGAGAAGGUCCUCUGACAGUUCAAGAACAACAGAAUCCUCUAGUACAUCUUCAAAGGACAGCAACUCCUCACAUCCAGCCCACAGCGGGGUUAACAGGCGUACCUCUGUGUUGUUUGGUAAAAAGAACUUCCGCAGCAGUAAGAACGAUAGCUCUGCCCCAAGUAGUCCAGGAACACCCACCCAACCCUCUACCCCACCGCGCAGAAAUUCCAAAGGGGGUCGCCCUUCCAAGCAGAAAGGGGACCACACUGACUCUCCACAACCCCCAGUGUUAGAGCCAAUGACAUCGGGACGGUCUUCCUCGAGGGGACCAGCUAGUCCAAAGAGUCCUGGUGUCAGGAAGCGCUCGGCCAGUGCAAUAACCUCCCCUGACAGGGAAUCUAGACCAACUCCACCCAAAAGGACCACCUCUCUCAGUGAGCCUCUCUCUUUUUCUGACCCACCGGACAUCACAAAGAGAGAUAGCUUUCGCUACUACCGAGGCCCCGAUAAUUUGCGGAGUUCGUCCGAUUCGGACAGCACGUCGGUUAUUAGUUCCAGUGACGAGUCAUUGACGGAUAGUUCUCUUGGCAGUUCAAGUUCCAACAGUCGCUCAGAAUUAAAUUCAAACGGACUCCCCAAAUUAUCUGAGGAGGGAACGGAGAGCGACUCCUCUGCCUCUCCUGCUGCACGCCACCAGGGGCGGGCUCACCGGAGUGGAAGCUGCGACUCGGAGGACCUUAUCCCCCUGGAGCCCCUUGACCUAGUUUGGGCUAAAUGCCGUGGAUACCCAUGGUAUCCUGCAUUGAUCAUCAAUCCCAAAAUGCCAAAAACUGGUUACUUCCACAAUGGUGUCCCUAUCCCUGUCCCUCCGGACGAUGUGCUGGCUCUCCAGAGGAAGUAUGACGAGCCCGUGUACCUUAUCCUGUUCUUUGACACCAAACGUACAUGGCAAUGGUUACCAAGAAACAAACUGGAGCCUCUUGGAGUGGACUCAGGUCUAGACAAGGCCAAGUUGUUAGAGAACAAAAAGCCCAAUGUUAGGAAAGCAGUACAGAAGGCUUACGAGAAAGCCAUCCUCCACAGGUGUAGUGUGACGGGGGAACCCAACCCUCUGUCUGGGGAUUCGGAGCUAGAGGAUCAGGACUAGGGACAAGAUUGUUUGAAGGGACCUAAAAAUACCCAACCCUUGUGGGAAAUUCUACUGAAGUUUUUGAUAGACCUAAGUCUGUAUGCUGAAGUGUUUGAAAAAUACCCAAGCCUAAGGAAAAUUCUAUUGAUCCAAAUCAGUGGGAUUAAAAUCCGAGUUGGUGGAUUAGGACUAGAAGUAAAAAUGUCUGCAGUGUUUGUGAGGACAAUCCAAAUGUUAAACUGAUUAUGAAGUAUGCACUAUUCCGUUCUUUGCAGACUGCUACUCAGAUCUGGUGUACAGCAAAUGAAAAUUUGGAUUUGAUGAUGCUUGCAAAAAACUGUGGUCUGUUUUGUGAUUGGUUUCAAUAAAGUUUGCAAAAAAUGAACUUGUUUUAAUGAUGAAAUUGAAUUUGUCUUUAAUGCUAUUGAUCUUCAGAAGUUUAAAUUAAUUAUUGUUGGUUAAACCUGUUUCGAUUUUAUGAUAGUUGUAGAAAAGUAUUCAGUGCAAUGUUAUAGUUUGCAAUUUUCUAAUGGAUUAUUAAUGUGUACAUUUAUUUGAAAUAAUUGAAAUCCAUUCAAUAGUUGAAGUUUUGUGUAUCAUUUUGUCAUGAGAUGGCAUGAACAAAAAAUAGGGUCGGAUGUGAAACGAACAAAUUUUAUGAAUAUAAUAAACUCCUAUGAGUGUGUUCACUAGAUAAAUUGGCUAUUGUGUGUUAUUUAUAUUACUGAUACAUGUAUAUGUAAUUUGAUGGUGCAUAGACUUUUCUCCUUGUAUUUGAAACAACAAAUGAAAUUUAUUGUAUUUAUUUGCAAGCAAAAUUUUGCAACAAAUGAAGACCAUCCCACCUCAUUGAAAGACCAUAGGAUUGUCUUUCCAAUGUCUACUGUAGAGAUGCAUGUACUAGCUUAAAUGAAAUUGAUUGUGUUUGAAAAACAAAAUGGAGUUCUGUUAUAAACACGCAAAGGAACUCAUCACUUUUAUGUGUACUGUUAAUUGUUAUUAUUUAUUCCAUUUUAUCAGUCCUUUGUUUUGGGGUGUUGAGAAUUCAUAAAACUUUGUUUCUGUUGUUGUUAUCCAUGUUUCUAGAUGUGUAAAAGUUUAAGAUGUAUUGCAUACCAGGCAACAAGAAGAUUCUCUGGGAUCUUUUGUCAUACUAGGUGUCUCAGAAUGCAGAACAUUUUUUUUUCAUGUGUGUUCUGUAGAUAUUACAUGUUGAAGAGUUUUGAAUGUCAUGUUUGUACAUGUAUGUAGCAACUGCAGUGCGUUUCAUAUAGAUUUUACAAUGAACUGGGUUGUAAAAAAAAUUAACAACAACAAAAAAGCAUGUUUUAAUCCAUGAACUUGAAAACAAUGUCAGAUAUGUGUAAAUUUACUGCCAGUGUUUUAAAUUUCUUUGAUGAUGCAUGUUCUGUUCCCCAUUUUCAGCAGCAUUUCGUAAUCAUUUUAUUCAAACAUAUUUUUAAUGAAAAUAAACUUGAGUUUUGUACAGAAAAAUAAAUUGUAUGAAUCUUA